AUGGUCGGGCCACUCAAGAAAGCACCAGGAGGGUUCACCCACCUACUUGUCGCAGUUGACAGGUUCACUAAAUGGAUAGAGGCCAAGCCGAUCACCACAAUCGACUCCAAGGAGGCCGUCAAGUUCUUCCUAGACAUCAUUUAUAGAUUCGGCGUGCCCAACUCGAUCAUCACUGACAACGGAACCAACUUCACAGGACACUACUUCCAAGAGUUCGCGGAAGGAUACGGAAUCCGGAUCGACUGGGCAUCGGUCAAACACCCACGCACAAACGGGCAAGUUGAGAGAGCCAACGGCCUAAUCCUCCAAGGGCUCAAACCACAAAUUUUUGACAUGCUCAAAAAAUUCGCGGGGUGCUGGGUGGAGGAGCUGCCGGCAAUGCUCUAG